AUGGUCAAAUUCACACCUCCUGACCCUCGGAAGGUCCUUCCAUCGAGAGCUGACCCGGAGCAUCGAUCCAAGCGCAAGGAGCUCGAGAAGAAGCAUGGCUAUGGGUACACGGAACCCCUUGUGCUAGCUAUGCUAGGCGUGGGUCUUGUGUGGAACAUCGAGAAUCAAGUUUCGAAACAUGAGAAGCGCAAGGAAGAGGAGGAGGAGAGAGAGAAGCAACGGGAAGAGCGUCGGCGGAGGAGGCGCGAUGACCACGGUCGAUCAUCAACUUGGGAUGUCCGAGACGGCGACCGAAGCGACCGGAGUGACCGGGGAUCCAGCCGCUACGACUACAGAGAUGACCACAGAGAUGACCCCAGAGACUACAAAUACGAUACACGCGACCACAGAGACGAACCACGUCGUUUGGAAUUCCGCGACCAAGAAUAUCGUCGCUAUCGGGACGAGUACAAAGACUAUCGCAACGACUACCGAUAUGCCGACAGACGCGACGGAAGUGUGCGACGCAGCAACCGCCGUGAUUCAUUCUAG